CAAAGGUGACGUCAUUUCUGUACACGCCAUUUUUGUUGGGGAGCAGUCGUGUCUGAGAAAGAGAGGAUUAGAUUGAGUACAGGUGCAUCACACGGCAACUUAUUGUUUCACCCUAUUGACUUGUGUGCUUGGCCGUCACACUCACAGAAUGUCGUCAGAAAACCUGGACUCGGACACUCAGUUGGACUACGAGGACGAAAAGCAGGACUCCCAGGAGAAGAACACCAACCCAGUGAAAGCAGAGGAGGCCAAACUGAAGGCCAAGUACCCCGGCCUUGGCCAGAGGCCUGGGGGCUCAGACUUCCUUAUGAAGCGGCUACAAAAAGGGCAAAAGUAUUUUGACUCUGGCGACUACAACAUGGCAAAGGCCAAGAUGAAGAACAAGCAGCUUCCUGUGGCGGGCCCCGACAAGAACCUGGUGACCGGUGACCACAUUCCCACGCCGCAAGACCUACCGCCAAGGAAGUCGUCUUUGGUGACCAGCAAGCUAGCUGGCUAGCCUUCAUCAUCCCAGAUGCAUACCCUCACCCUCGGGGGGUUCCCAGAGAACACGCCCACUGUCUUCCUCACCCCUUAUCCCCGGUUGUUCCACUGGUCCCUACCACCCGCCUCGCCCCUCUUUUCCCGCUCUCAUCCCCAAGCACCACUGGCUUUAACACAUGGGGCAGACUCGUUUAAGUUAGGUAAUGUGCUUGUGUGGGGGGGUGGAGUGGAUGGAGAUCUCCUCUUGUGUUCCUACUGAGCUGUGCACUCUGGUCCACUGCCUCCCUCUUGUCUUGGUUUUCUGUGUUCCAAGAUGCAUCACAGUAGGUUUUGUCAUACGGUGGCUUUGCUGGGGAGUCCAUGCACUUUGUAUCGUAUGGUUGGGGAUUUUGCAUCCUGAGUGAAAGCACAUUAAUGUGUGUAAGGGAUCCAUCUUUGAGCUUUGUGUCACCCUGUCUGUGCUGUUGGCAUGGUGAGGUGUGGAGGUGGACCGCGUGUGUCGAUACUGGCUUGUAUACCAAAUUUUGUGACACGUGUUCACCAUCAUCUUACUGAGCGACGGACGCUUCCUGUCACUGUACAUGUUGCUGUGAUUGGUGACUCUCUAAACAUGCUGCAUGAAUGCAACCUGUUACCAGGAAUCUUUGCAUUGCUGUCUGGACAAGCCACAGUCAGCCGAGUGCUUCUGCACUUGUUUUGUAAAGGUUAAGUAGUAGCUGAGCUUUAUUCAAUGUCAGCUUUAGUGUUCUCCAACGGCCAUGAAGCACCAUGCACUGGCUGCAUGCUUUCCUCACUGAUGCUCACACAAGCAUGCAUUUGUGCACUUGAGUUGUGUGCUUUACAAAACUGAAGAGGUUGUUUUUUUCCUUUACUGCGAGUCAAUCACAUACAUGGUUUUGGCUUAGUUUUUGUGACAGAUGUGCUUCCUGACACAACCCUGGCCGGGAAUUAAACCGAAUUAAACCUGCGCCCUCUGCCACGAACGCCCCGCCACAAAUAAUUCUGGACCGCCAGACAGAUUUGGCGCUACCUGUUCACCCCUCGCUCACAAACACAUUAUAAUGGGACUGUCUGUAUACCUUGUCGUUACUGAGAUGUAUAAAUGCACACUUCCAUAGAAAGCCCAGGAAACAUCAUGAGGCAUUAUAUUAUAAGGCGCAAGCACACGCGUCCACUGUUGCAUGUAAGGAAACCAACACCUUUAAGUAAAUAACUUCAUAUUCAGUUGUUAAAUAAGAUUUAAAUGUUGCGCAUUUCACAUGAAAAAAUCUCAAUUAUACCUAGCCACACACAGACACACAGUCAUGGUUGUUGGGAAAAUCGCCACUCUGGCCUGAGUUUUGGCAUAUCAUGGGUGAUUAUGCAAAUUAGAUGACAUUGUCAAAUCGUGCCACAGAUAGAUUGUGGUCCUUUAAGAAACACCGGACACUUGCGUUUAAAUUUUAACUCUUCUGAAGGAAAUUUUAUCUCCACCCUGCCUAUCCUCUUUAGACUUCAGUAAAUGUUUGCAUGGGCGUCAACGUGAAGUUUGAUCCCAGGUGUGUCUGCAACCUGAUAAGAGAGACGCUCUUAAAGUGGGACGCUGCGUGCCUGCAGGGUACGCUCACUCCUCUUCUCGGCUACGCAUAUAGAGACAUAGCGAGUACACCGUGUGCGCAGUUUGAAUCGAACACUCAUGCUGUUGAGGAAACCUUGACACGUGCACGUGUCGCACGCUGGCUCAGCGAUCAGGUGCAUGCAACACACAUUGUCAGCCUAUUUGUUGGUUUCUCAGUUGUACCUGUAGGGUGAAGGUGUGCGUGUGUAUGCAUUGUAAAUAGAAUUUGACAGGAUGGGAUUUUUUAUGUGGGCUCCCUCCUGCCUCUCGGCUGUGUUAAACACCGCUUCUGCUGUAUCCAAUGAGUGUGUUUGGAGGGACUAUGUGAGCGUGUAUCAUAUGAAAAUAUGUGUAAAUGCUGCUGAUUCACUCCCAACACAAAUCCUUGUGAAGAGAGCCUGUCCCAUUCUUUUUCCUUCUCAACUUUUCAAAGUUUCAGCAUCUUCUCACUUUUUUGACACAGGCCAAAAAGAAAACAGUGCAGAUGUUUAAAUGACAGCAAUGCAUUGUGCAGUUCGCCUACGUGUCACUUUAAAUGCCAACUAAAGAUCUCGUUGUUGUGGGUGAUAAGCUUGCACACAAACAUUAGAGGACAGGAGUCAUGAUGUGUAGCUUGGUACGGAGCAUUUGACCGAGAGGAAACAGACGGGCUGCUUGGAGGCCCACACAGGGUCACUCUCGAAUAGCUAGAAUGACCACGUGCCGGAAUGUAAAUGUAACGACAAACGAGUACUUCAUCUCCUUUCUUGUUGUUUUCGUUGUGUUCUCCUCUUGUUUGACAAGUAGAGAUCGCUGCAGGGAAAACCAGAGGCAUCCAGGCUUCUUGGACACAACUAUCAAAGGUUUACAUGACAUAAUGGAUGGCUGGAGAACACAGGGAUAAGAAGAAAGACUUGACAAAAAGAGUACUUGGAAUGUUCAACUUCUGUGGGUGUCAUUUAGAGGUUUUUUGCCAGUAUUUGAAAUAAACUUUUACAUUAAUAAAGCCACUUUUUUGUUCCCUCACCUGAUUCACAGGAAGUAGUGAUUAACAUAUUCACCAUCAGGGGGCAGCAAAACCAUUUUUAAACGUACUAACCGCAGGGAAAAAAAUGAAUGGAAUGUAUUUACGGUGGAAACCAAGAACCCAAACAUUUUUUUUCUCUUGGGUGUCUUGAAAAAUCUUUUAUUUUUUAUUCUUUUAAAUACCUUCUGUUUGAAAACAUUUUGAACCAUUUCUUUCUAGAUUCGUUUACACGCUAUAUAGUAUAUUUCGUGAUUAAUAUUUUACAAAUACUUAACCCUCAUCUU